GGCGGUUUCAGUACAUUGCCGCACACACAAGCGCAUUUUGACGCAUCGGGCGUACAUGCGCACGCCAGACGGAGAGAGCACGAGAGCGAGAGACAGAGAGAGAGAGAGAGAGAAAGAGAGAGAGGCAAGUUGCGUCAAGUUACCGUGCGCUGUCAUUUCGUUAUUCCCCGGCGUUUCGUUAUUCCUCGUGUAUCAGUAGCGCAUUUUGCGGCAGUGAGGUCCAGCCGGGCACGACGCGUGUUCAAUUGAAAACCGUAGGAAAUGGCGGACACAACUGUAGACGCUACGCGACGCUUAAACGUGAAAAAACAAACGCUGGACGACGCUUACGCGGCGCCCGCGAAUUUCCUCGAGAUCGACGUAAUUAAUCCAAUCACACAUGGUGUCGGCAAGAAACGGUACACGGAUUACGAAGUUCGCAUGAGGACAAACUUACCAGUCUUUAAAGUAAAGGACUCAACUGUGAGGAGACGAUAUAGUGAUUUUGAGUGGCUGAGGAAUGAAUUAGAAAGAGACAGUAAGAUUGUAGUACCACCUUUACCAGGAAAAGCCUGGAAACGGCAAAUGCCUUUCCGCGGGGAUGACGGCAUAUUCGAGGAAGACUUUAUUGAAGAUCGAAGGAAAGGCUUGGAAGUUUUUGUUAACAAAAUAGCUGGACAUCCUUUGGCACAGAACGAACGAUGUUUACACAUGUUUCUACAGGAAGCUGUAAUAGACAAGAACUAUGUACCUGGAAAAAUACGUAAUACAUAAGUCGACGUAAGAAGUAUCGCAAAUACCUUUUCCACCAAGCCUUUUAAUACAUUCGUGAGAUCACGUUUGAUUGUAUUGACAUCUCAUUUGGAAGUUACGGACGUCCCUCGAUAUUUUUGCAACAACUAAGCGAACUUCCAGUUGCUACGAUUAUCAGAUCAGAACACGUAUUUGGGGAUAUACACACACCUUUAGUUCACUCCGCAAAUAUGCUAAUCUAUGGUAUAAAUAAUAUAUAGCUAAGCAUCUUUAUAUGGAAAGAAGUACAUAGAGUAAAUUGGCAAAAUCAUUCUUACUUGUUAGUAGGUUGAUUCUGUCUACUGUUAUCAUGAUACUGUUUAUAACAAAGGAGAUAAGUAAAAUAAAAAAAAUGUUAUCAUUCGUAAAUCAUGUCGUGUGAAACGAACCCUUUGCAGCGCUAUAAUUCCAGUAAUAUAGCAAACAAUCGUAUUUGAUAUGUGAGCCGUUAGAUGGAAUAGUAGCAUGAGUCAUGAGUCAAAAACAUGUCUGUAUAAGCGGUAGAGUUCAUUAUUGGCGGUGCAAUCGGCAAAGAGGUGAUAUUACGAAGAAAUGAAUGGAAAAUAUUUAAUAAAUUUGUUACGUAAAUCGUUGUCGUCGAAAAAGUCAAUUUUGCGAAUUAAUUAAAUAACGAUAUUUUUCGCAUUAUUUCUUACAACACUACAAGUGUUGUCAAACACUUGAAAUAAAUCGGCAAAUAAAAAAAUUUAUUUUAAAGCUGCCAGAGUACGAACUGAAAUAUUUUAUUUAUAUGAAUAAAAAUGCUCUUAAUGUUUCCCAAAAAAUAGGUUGCAGCUUAUUUUUGUUCAAGUGAAAUCACUUUGCUUAUGUCAUCAAUAACAGAUCGUCCUGUAUAUCGCUUUGAUGCAUGAUCAGCUUGGCACGAUAGAGAGUUCUUGAUUUCGCUGUAUAUAAAAAUAAUAAAAGAGAAUGGCUUGCAACUACUGUUCCGCUCAAUGGCUCUUGCGUCCGUGAAUUUGCUCAAGGAAAAUUGAUUACAUUGUAGACUAAUAGUGGUCACGUUUUCUUUCUUCUUUAUUAUUGUAUUAUUAUCUUGUUGUUAUUUUUAUUAUUAUUAUUAUCAUUAAUCUAUGUUAUCACUAGGCUAAGUAACUAACCUUUAUGAUUGUAAAGAACUAUUUUAUAUAUCCGCCAAACUUGUGUACACACAUAUGAAAGCGUACAUGAUACGACUAGCUCGUAUCAUCUCCAGUCUCUACUGUGCGGCAUUCUUUCUACUGAAUAGGUCGUGCAAAUCUACAAAUCAGAUAAUAAGAGAUAUGUUACGAAGCCA